GGGCUCAAGUUAAUGCAUACAUUGUAUGCGAGGAAAACUGUCGAUCGGUGGCGCUUUUCAAGAUGGCUACUACGAGCUAAUCCGAGCAAAUCGUACGAAAUACAUCGACUUUUUUUCAACGUCCUAGUACAUCACUAGUAAGCUACAAGUACAGUGAAGAUGCCUAAAUAUCGGCCAAACGUUUUUAAGCACAAAGUCACUGUUCUCUCUCGGUCAUCAAAGGGAGGAAGAUUUAAGCGGAAGGAUGUACCCCUGAAGGACCUUUUUUCAUCAGGGCCCUCAGAUACCCAACAGAAGCCUCAGGAAAUCCAACAUGAAAUAAGUGUUGCUCCCUGUACCUCUUCCACCUUUUCUGUGAAUGUGGAGGAAGAGGCUGUUAACACGAGGAAAUAUGCUGCGAAGAAAAUAAAGCAGUGCAAUGCAUGGGUAGGCAAGAGGCUCUUAUUAGAGAAUGCCUUCUUUGAGAGCAGUGCUCCUCAUCUUCCAUGUUGCUCCUGUGGGACAGAUGAGGGAGACAGAGUACUGUGUCUUGACUGUGGCCCACAAGUCGUCCGCUGCAUUGACUGCACAAUGAGCUACCAUGAAGAUAGCAAUCAUCUCCACAAGCCGCAGUUGAUUUUGGAUGGAAUUUUGCAACCUUUUCCUCUCAAACCUUACCUGCGGAGAGUGGACCAUGACUGUGACAGUCGUUCCCGCAAGACAAUCCAGGUGUUUGAUGAAAAAGGACGACUUCACAACUGCUGGCUAGUUACAUGCUCAUGUGAGGAAGAAUGUGCUUCUUUAGUCCGGUUAAACUUAUGGCCAGCCUCACCAGACCAACCACGGGUAGCUUUUCACAUGGAUUUGAUGAACCUACUGCAUUUCCUCCUUCUAGAGGGGCAUAUGUCACUGAAAGGUGCAUGCCAAUCCUUGGGCUGUAGAAACGGACUUCCAUUGCAUGAGGUCAAUUUAUUGUAUCACAACUUGGUCAGUGAAUGCUUUGAGGAGUACCGGUAUUUUCGUUACCGGUGCCACAACCUAAAUGCAGUGCUGGAUGAAGACAUUAAGUGCCCAGCUUGUCCAAAGGAAAAUGGUGACUUGUUUGUUAGUCUAGACGCCAACUUCGGUCUUGUUAGGAAGCGAAGCUCAGGCGUGAGCUACACCGAUGCAAAACACAAGUCCCUCCUGUUUGCCCCGCAGGAGGACGUAGACCACUUUGUAAACGUGUACGAUGACCACAAUAUUUCUAAUGACUGCAGCAACUUCCAAGCCGGCGACGUUCUUCGUGCCAAAAACAAAACCAAAAAACUGGACACAACAGGUGUCUUUGGAGCGUCGUGUCGGCAUGGUUUUCCCCUGUCAUUUCUCAACCUGCGUCAUGGAGAACGGUAUGUGUAGAUUCAAAUAGCAACA